AUGGAAGAGUUUCAGCCUAACGAUCCCGCCCUUUCGAUUCCUGAUGCACCCCCUCGAGAGCUGUUGUUUAUGCUCCUACAAGGGCCGCCGGAAUCGAUGUGCAUUCAGUGGCCGGAUCACAUCUCGCGCAAAACAUAUGAAGAAAUGGCUACAGCCUUGUUACGAAGUGAGCCUCGGCUACAAGGUCAACGUCUCCAUCAGUAUAGCAUUUGCAUAUAUGUGAAAGCAAUAUUUCAUAUAUAUCAGGUGUCACGAACCGUGCGCAGCCCGCUCCUGAAAUCACAGCUGUCCCAAUCUAGGUCGACUUACAUCGCAGCGACAAUUCGGAGCAUUGAGAACCUGAGCAUACUCAAACAGCCAGACCUCUCGACCAUACAAGCUCUACUCUCGAGUGCAUUGCUUAUGCAGCACCUGGGGAGGCUGAACCAAUGUUGGGUCCUUACCUCUUAUGCUGCCCGACAGAUUGCAUCUCUUAACUACCACAAGAUCCGCAGGGUACCAGCGCGCUCAGACUCGGAGUUAGAGGUAUAUAGUGCGGUAUACUGGUGCUACUAUCUGGAUCGGACGUUAAGUUCCCUUCUCAGUCGCCCUCCGUCAUUGCCUGAUCUUGAUGUAUCCCCGACGGAUCUCAUUGUAUUAGACCCAUGUUCGCCAUAUGAUACUCUUUUACGUGUCCUGCUUGACCUCGCACAGGUUCAGGGGAAAUUACAUGCAGUAUCUUCCGACACGAGGAAUACUCCGGAUAGCCAGGCUUUGGAGACCUGUCAGCUCCUUGAGUCCAGGAUGCAGAGCAUUCUUCGAGAAAUGCCAUCGAAUCGUGCAUCCCUCCCGAAAAUGGUACAACAUGAUUGGGUUGCGGUCGACUUCUGCUACUACGCGAUUAUGGUCGAGAUCGACCGAACACGCUUGAAAAACUCGUUUAGUCCAGUGAUACACAGGGAAUGUCUCGUACAUGCCAGACAGUCACUUGGAGCAUUUCACUUUAUCCAGCAGCAUGCGGAGGAAAUGCCGGGAUUUGAAGAGCCAUAUCCAUCAUUCUUGACAUGGACUUUGUUCUUCUACCCACUAAGCGCCUUCUUUGUGGUCAUCUGCAAUAUCAUCGGAACUUUAGAUCAUGACGAUUUCAAACUGCUUCAACAAAUAACGCAGAGUUUGUCACAGUUCAAGCAAGAUCCACACCUUGGAAAACGUUUAAACCUUCUCCAGUCGUUGGAAGAUCUCUGCGAACCGCUGUUCCAAGAAGGGGCUUCUGGCCCAGAAAAUAUAUCAUCAAACCUCCGUGCAUCGUCCCCGAAUCAAGUAAUGGAACCUGUCACUAUGGAUGGCAUUCCUCCGAGCGCCUCCUUCGAUAGCAAUUUCGGGCUAAAUGAUGAACCGAUACCGAACUCGGAAUUGGACGCCUCAGCCGACUGGCUGAUGUGGCAGCUUUUCAAUAGCCAGAUUCCAGCGGGUUGGCUUAGUAGUAGUAUGGACCCUUUUGAAAUAUGA